UUACCAGCUCAAAUAGCCCAACAAGUCCCACUGACGCCAUGGCCCCCAGACAGACUUCGACCAAAGUCUCGAGCAGACGCUGGGCAGCAGCUGGCCUCACCACCCGCAGACGACUCCGGAGGAGGAGAAGGAGGGACCUCCUCAACACCAGCAAGAGUGGCACUAUCACGUGCCUCAAGGAGAACACUGUGCCCAGGUGUAUGCAAGGAGUUCGCUUCGACAACUACAUCAGAAAGAUUCUACGUAGAGUGAAGCCACGCGUGGCCAUCAAAAGAGACACUCUGCAGCAACUGGACAGCCUCAUGAAGAACACGUUGCACCAUAUCGCCAGAGAAGCCGGGAACAAAAUGGGACGCCGUAAAGUUUUAAAGCCCAAGAUGCUGUCCAGGGCCCUGAGGAGGUGUAUGCCAAAAACCCUCAGAAACGACGUGGAAGCAAAAGCUCAAGAGGCGUUACAACGCUACACUCAACAUAAGAGCUGCCGCUAGUAAUACCAGAUUGUCGACUACGUCAUCACGUCAUCAUAAUUAAGUGUCAUCAGGGGAGAGAAGCAUCGAGAUCGCAGGGAGUUACAUCAUAUCAAAUGUCAAUGUCAUCAUCUUUAGUCGCAUCAGAAGCCUAGGUUUGUAAAACAAGGGAGAUUGCCAAAUUCACCUUAAAAUGUUUUUUUAAUUGGUUGCGUCAGUUGAUCCUUUUUGUGGCAGCUCACUCGUGUUUGAAUGUUGACGCAGCCUUUGCUUAGUGUGCUGGGAUUUAAGUUGUGAAGUAGGAUAAAAAUGACCCUAGCUUAAGGUUUAUUCCUUUACUUUCAUCAGCAAAAAAAUGUAUUCACUUAACCUCUCUAAGGUUUCUUCAAUAAGUGAAUCAAUAAUUUCAAAAAACAUCCAAUCCCUCUAUUAAUAAAUCAAUUGGUAGAUCAAUCAAACUGCCGAAUUUUUUUUUAAAAUGUCGUUUUCUAAUUAAGACCCACUUCCCAAUCUAUGUAAUUUUCUCUCAACUUUGUUGCGUUGUCACUGGACAAUGAGACCAUCCAAAUCGGCUCCAUUUGAGUAGACAAUCUAGUUAGGUCAUGUCUUGUAAAUUAAGCUGCUGGUGAGUGGGGUUUCCCUAGAAGAUUUACUGGUGUGACCAGCAUACUGACCAAUGUCAUGAA